AACGCUCACCAUAUUCGAUAAUUAUUCUCUUCACAUUCUAGUUACAGUAAACUGUAGAGAGAGAGAGAGAGAGAGAGAGAGCUGAGAGAGAGAGAGCAGAUCAUUAUAAAGUGGAAUAUAAGAGGCUACCACAUGCCAAAGAUGCUUUCAUUCUCUAUCUUCCGUAUUCUUAAGCUUGAAAUACUGUAGGAUCAGAGCGUCUUUUACUGCCAUUUCAGACCCUUAUCAUCUCCUUUCUUGUACUACACCUCUGAGCUCACCCUCUUCUUCAAAACUGGAUGUCUAUGCCCUUUGAAGCCCAUGAUUACAUGAGCUUAUCAGAGGCUCCUGGCCCUCCAAUGGAAACCUCUGAAAAACCCAAUAUUUCUUCACAAACCAAUGAUAAAAACAUGGGCUUGAACUUGAAAGCCACUGAGCUGAGACUGGGGUUGCCAGGUUCUGAGUCACCAGAGAGAGAAUUUGGACUCUGUGUCAAGAGUUUGUUCUCAGGGGCCAAGAGAGGCUUUUCUGACACCUUAGAUGGUGGUUCUAGGAAGUGCGUCUUCACUGGGAGUGGUUUGUCUGACUUGGAUUUGGCUAAAAAUGGUGGCUUUUUCUCUCCUAAAGGUCUCAGUGGAGGUGAGGUUAGCACUCAGCAGUCUUCCAUGGCUGCCAAUGCUGUGAAAGAGGCAGUUCCUCAGGCCCCAAAGCUGGUGCAGGAGAAGAAGCCUCAGAUUCCUUCAGCUGCAAAGGCACAGGUGGUAGGAUGGCCACCAAUUCGAUCUUUCCGGAAGAAUUCAAUGGCUAGUAAUCAACCUAAGGAUGAUGACGAGGUGGAUGCCAAGUCGGGGUCUAGUUGUCUCUAUGUCAAAGUAAGCAUGGAAGGUGCCCCAUACCUGAGGAAAGUUGAUCUGAAAAUCUACGGCAGCUAUGCAGAAAUGUCUUCAGCACUGGAAAAGAUGUUCAGCUGCUUUACAAUAGGACAAUGUGGUUCUGAUGGAGUUCCAGGGCGUGAUGGACUGAGUGAGAGCCGAUUGAUGGAUCUCCUCCAUGGUUCUGAAUACGUGCUUACCUAUGAAGACAAAGAUGGUGAUUGGAUGCUUGUUGGUGAUGUUCCAUGGGAAAUGUUUACCGACUCUUGCAAGAGGCUGAGGAUCAUGAAAAGUUCAGACGCAGUUGGUCUAGGUAUGACCUCAGGACCGAUCAGAUACCCAUUUAUCGAUGCAUGGCUUCAAUACUCAAAAUCCCAUAACAUGAAACUAUGGAUAACCUGACCGGAUGCAUGCAAUGAUGGCAAUUACAUUCAUCUUCUUAAAACACAAUAACAUAAAACUUGUCAAGUAUAAAAGAUUCUGUUACCUUGAUCAACGAUUUGCCUUAUUUUAGCCCUUGAUCGCCUUUGGUUACCUGUUAACAAUCAUCGUCUCAUGAAAAUCUCAUCAAUAUGCAAUACUUGCAGCCCCCCGAGCCAUGGCGAAGUGCAAAAAUCGCAAGUAGUGUGUUACUGUUCAUUGUAGGAGUUCCAUCUCUCUAUGGUGCAAGAUGUUGAAGACUGGUUGUUAAACAAACGCCCGAAGCCUUGAGGGUUUACAUAUUCAGUUAUUCACCAUCCUAUUUCAUUAUUUGUGUGUUUUCGAAAGAGUGUUAAUCCUUGGUGUACUGGAAAAAACUUUAUAGUAGCAACAGAUAUGUCUCUUCCAAUCUCAUGUAUUCUGAAUGCUUCCAGCUCAAGGGUUAAAUGUGUAAAGGGUUUGCUGUAUCAAA